GGGAGACCGCCCGCAAGAGGUACAUCUUUGCAAUGGGAGAUAGAAAGAAAGCCUUGUUCAGGACUUCUAUACAUACCUUCUCUCUCAAGAAAUAUGUACAUAAUUGAUGCCACAGGAACACGUAGCUUUUGUUUUCUAAAUAAAUUUGAGGUGACUUGCCGAAUACUCUGUGAAAUUUUAACACGAGAUGAUGUACUGUAUGGUAGAGGUUUUUAAGACGCGACAACAACAACCAAUUAAAGACUGAAACAAAACAUUUUUUGCGAUAAUAAUCUACCAUUUGAAUUGUGAUGUCUGUCAACUAUGCAGAGGGGUUGUCUCCCUAUGAACACAAGGGUAAAUGUGGUUUACCUGAAAAGUUUGAUACGGAUGAUGUUGUGAGAGAAAAAGUUUCCCGGCUUGCAGAAUGGGUCACUGAAAGUAAACACAUGAUUGUACAUACAGGAGCGGGAAUCAGUACAUCAGCCGGUAUACCUGAUUUCAGAGGACCAAAUGGAGUUUGGACGUUGGAACAGAGAGGAGAGAAACCAAAGUUUAAUGUCACAUUUGAAGGGGCAGUGCCUACAUUGACACACAGGGCAAUACUAGCCCUGGAAGCUGCAGGUAUCGUCAAAUACGUGAUCACACAGAACGUGGAUGGCCUACAUGUACGUUCUGGUUACCCUAGAAACCGUCUCUCAGAACUGCAUGGUAACAUGUUUGUAGAAGAAUGUGAUAAAUGUGGAACUCAGUACAUCAACAGAAAUGUGGUACCAACCAUGGGUGUAAAACUGACUGGCAAAAAUUGUACACUACAAAAGUCCAGAGGAACUUGUAGGGGGAAGUUGUAUGAUACAAUACUAGAUUGGGAACAUUCUCUACCAGACAGAGAUUUAGAUUUGGCGGACAAACAUGCUAGAUUAUCUGACCUUAGUCUGUGUUUAGGAACUUCGCUUCAGAUAGUACCCAGCGGAAAUCUCCCUUUGGCAACUAAACGUAACAAGGGUCACCUGGUCAUAGUCAAUCUACAGCCGACCAAACAUGACAAAAAAGCGAACUUGAUAAUCAACACAUAUGUUGAUACUGUCAUGAAACUAUUGUGUGAAAAAUUGAACUUAAGAAUUCCCGAUUUCACGGAGCCAAUGGUUCUGUUAAAAUCUGUUCACUCAACUGCUGAUGAUAAACCGAUGAACAUAGUUGUUACAGAUAGUACUCUGAUUUGCCGUAGCCCGUUGUUAAGUAAAGAUGUCCGAGUUGAACCAAAUGUCAAAAGAGAAUCAGACGAUAAAUUUCAAGCAGACGUCAAAGUUAAAGCAGACGUAAAUUUUGACGGUCAUGUGUUUAAAGGACAAAAGUUUAAAUCUGAAAGCCAAUGCUCACUCGGGAAUGGAAUUAAGAAAGUUAAAACGGAAAUUGUUGAAGAGUUGGUGAAAAAAGAUGAAAAUGUAUAUGAUAAAGUAGAUGUGAAAGAAGAGUUUGACAGAGGUGAUAAGGAUAUGAAUGAAAGUUUGGAACCUAAUAAAGAUUGGAAAGAGGUAUUGUGUAAUGCCAAUGCAAGAGCGAUAAGUAAUGAAACAAUAACAGAAGAGGAUGCUUGCAGAAUUGAACAUGAUGUAACAUCAACAGGUGAACUAACUUUAAAUCCUGGUAAUUCAAAUACUGGUAAAGGGAACAAGGAUGUUAGUAAACAUCAAUGUGUUGAUGGUAAUAAAGAACCCGACAUGGCCGUAAAAGAAGCAAAUUUUGGAAAUUGUGUUUCAGGAAAGGACAACUUGCAUGCUUCAGAGACUGCAGAUGGAAGCAUAAAUUUAUAUGCAACAAACUCAACAGGCAUCAAAAAUCUGAAAUCGGACAUUAAAACUGAAGAGAAUUCCCUAGAGAUUGGAAGUGAUGCUAAAAGAUCGAGAUUAGAAUCUGUGAUCUCUUGAUGUUGUUUUUUUUUAGAAGAUAAAAAUCUCAGGGGUUAAUCUCUUAUUAAUUACAACUGCAUUGAAAUCACUUCAGAUAUCAUUUAUUAACUUGUCCGUUUUACCUAUUACUAGUAAUAUUAUUGUGACAUAGUUAAGCAAAAAAAUUAAAUGUAGCCCAUUACUCAAACAAUUUUGGUAGCCUGUCACUAUGAAACUUUGAAUACUUGUUUAUCAACUUUCUUAUAUAAUGUAGUUAUCACUUUUAGCUCAAUGUUACGAAGAAUAGGGAGAGCUAUAAUAAUUGUAUUCACCUAAGAUUCAGCAUCAGCUUAAAUUUUUGUGUGCAAGUUUGUAUCUCCAGAAUUAUGGCCCUUUUUGCACUUGGUAAAUUUUACAUAAUCCAAACUCUUGUGUUACUAGCAAGCACUGAGAAUAGUUGAGCAUGCUGUGCUACAAAAACUCUUGUUUUUAUCAUAAAAAGAUAAAUGAGUUUUAUAUUUUUACUGAUAAAUUUAAAUAAAUGUGCUAAUAAACGCAUAGAUCUACAA